CCAACUCAGCAACUCUUCCCCGCUCCGCGAGCGCCACCGCCCCCCGACGUGGGAGAGCGAAGUUCCCGCCGGGGCAGCUCUGGCUCCGGGUGUCCCGGUCCUCAAAGCGGUCGCCGCGGCUGCCUCCCCUAGCCCGGCCGUGGGGGGAGGGGCGGCCUGGAGGCACUGGCGGGGUCAGCACGGGCCAGGAAAGCGGGGCCAUGGAGCGCAGGGAGUCGGGGAAGGCCCCUGUGACCUUCGAUGACAUCACUGUGUACUUGCUCCAGGAGGAAUGGAUGCUGCUGAGUCAGCAGCAGAAGAUCUGUGGUUCUGACAAGCUGGUGGCACCACUGGGACCAACUGUUGCCAACCCCAAGCUGUUCUAUAAGUUUGGGCAAGGACCAGAGCCAUGGCUGGGAGAUGUUCAGGGCCAGAGGAGUCUCCUGGACCAUCACCCAGGGAAAAAACAGAUGGGCUACCUGGAAGAAAUGGACGUGCAGGGUCCUGCCAGGGAAAGUGGACAGUUCCUGCCUUCCCAGGAGAGAGCCUGCCUUACCCACUUCAGUCCAGAGAGUCGCAACAUUGAGGGGGACUGGACAGGAAGAGGCAAGAAAUCCCCGAGGCCCCGAUCUAUCCAGAAGUCCUGGUUUGCACAGUUCCCAUGGCUGAUCAUGAAUGAGGAGCAGACAGCUCUGUAUUGCUCUGCUUGCCGAGAAUACCCGUCUGUCAGGGACAAACGGUCAAGGCUGAUAGAAGGUUACACAGGACCAUUUAAGGUGGAGACUCUCAAAUACCAUGCCAAGAGCAAAGCUCACACGUUCUGUGUCAAUGCCUUGACUGCCAAGGACCCUACCUGGGCAGCCCGCUUCCAGAGCAUCAGAGAUCCAUCUGGAGACAUCCUGGCCAGCCCGGAGCACCUGUUCAGUGCAGAUUAUCCCAUGUUCUGCCCCUCAGGGCAUCCGGGAGAUUCCAAAAGUGGGACUGAGCUCCUGCCAAGCUCAAGAGCAGAACUGGAGGACCCCAGGGAGAAUGGAGCAAUUCCUGCUUUGUAUCUAGACUGCUUUGCAGACUUGAGGCCAAAAGAAAGCACCGAUGAUACCACCAACUCCUCUGACGUUAACAUUUUAUAUAAUGAUGCUGUUGAACUCUGCAGUCAGGAUCCUCCGGAAGAGGGGCUGUUGGAGGAGGUUCCUGUGGUCUUUGAGGCGCUCCCGGUGGUGUUUGAGGAUGUGGCAGUGUAUUUCACCCGGGAAGAGUGGGGCAUGCUAGACAAGCGGCAGAAGGAGCUGUACAGAGACGUGAUGCGGAUGAAUUAUGAGCUCUUGGCAUCCCUGGGGCCUGCUGCUGCCAAACCAGAUCUGAUCUCCAAACUGGAACGGAGAACUGCACCCUGGAUCAAGGACCCGAAUGGACCAAAGUUGGGGAAAGGCUGCCCUCCAGGGAAAAAGAAGAUGGUGGCAGUAAGAGAGGUAGACACACAAGCCUCAUGUGUAGAAUCUGUGUCGCCAGCUCCUUCUGUGGAGACAUGUCCCUCCUACUGCAGUUCCAGCAUCCAUGAAGGAGACAGAGAUGCACCUAGGAAGAUCAAGAGGACUUACCGACCCCGUUCCAUUCAGAGGUCAUGGUUUGGGCAGUUCCCCUGGUUAGUAAUUGACCCCAAAGAGGCCAAGCUCUUCUGCUCAGCCUGCAGAGAAAAACCCACUCUCCAUGACAAAUCAUCUCGGUUAGUCAGAGGUUACACCGGGCCUUUUAAAGUGGAGACUUUAAAAUACCACGAAGUCAGCAAAGCACACAAGCUCUGCAUCAACACUGUUGAAAUCAGAGACGACAUCCCGCAGGCCACCCUGGUUCCAGAGAUCUCCAGCGACCUCAUGGCCAACAUGGAGCACUUUUUCCACGCUGCCUACUCCAUUGCGUACCACUCACGGCCCCUGAAUGACUUUGAGAAGAUUCUACAACUUCUCCAAAGCACCGGCACCGUGAUUUUAGGCAAGUACCGAAAUCGCACGGCCUGCACUCAGUUCAUCAAAUACAUCUCUGAGACUCUGAAGAAGGAGAUUCUCCACGACAUCCGGAACUCCCCCUGUGUGAGCAUGCUGCUGGACAGCUCCACAGACGCCUCAGACCAGGCCUGUGUCGGCAUUUACAUCCGCUACUUUAAGCAGAUGGAGGUGAAAGAGUCCUACAUCACUCUGGCCCCUGUGCACAGUGAGACGGUGGACGGAUACUUCGAGACCAUCGUUUCUGCCCUGGAUGAGCUGGACAUCCCUUUCCGGAAGCCUGGCUGGGUGGUGGGCCUGGGAACCGAUGGCUCCACCAUGCUGAGCUGCAAAGGAGGCCUUGUGGAAAAGUUCCAGGAGAUCAUCCCCCAGCUGCUGCCUGUGCAUUGCGUGGCCCACCGGCUGCACCUGUCUGUGCUAGAUGCUUGUGGCAGCAUCGAUCUGGUGAAGAAGUGUGACCGGCAUAUCCGAACUGUCUUCAAGUUUUACCAGUCCUCAAACAAAAGGCUGAAUGAGCUGCGGGCGGGUGCAGCUCCCCUGGAGCGGGAAAUCAUCCGCCUGAAGGACUUGAAUGCCAUCAGGUGGGUGGCCAGCAAGAGGCGCACGCUGAACGCGCUCAUCGCCGGCUGGCCUGCCCUGGCCAGCCACCUCCAGAGCGUGGCAGAGGCAGGGGGCCAGAUUGGACACAGGGCCAAGGGCAUGCUGAAGCUGAUGAAGGGCUUCCAUUUCAUCAAGUUCUGUCACUUUCUUUUGGACUUCCUGAGCAUCUACAGGCCUUUGUCUGAGGUGUGCCAGAAAGAGGUCGUGCUAAUUACAGAGGUGAACUCCACGCUGGGACAGGCCUAUGUGGCGCUGGAGACCCUCCGUCACCAGGCAGGGCCCAAAGAGGAAGAGUUCAAUGCCAGUUUCAAGGAUGGCCAGCUCCAUGGCAUCUUCCUGGACAGAAUGGAGAUGGCAGAACAGCGGUUCCAGGCAGACCGGGAGAGAAUGAUCCUGACUGGGGUUGAGUACCUGCAGCAAAGGUUUGACACAGACCGCCCCCCACAGCUCAAGAACAUGGAGGUGUUUGACACCAUGGCCUGGCCAACCGGGCUCGAACUGGCCAGUUUUGGGAAUGACGAUAUUCUUACUCUCGCCAGGUAUUUUGAGCUCUCCCUGCCCACAGCGUACAGCGAGAAGGCACUGCUGGAGGAGUGGCUGGGCCUGAAAGCCAUUGCCCAAAACCUCCCGUUCUCCAUGCUGUGUAAGAAUGCUCUGGCCCAGCAGCACCGCUUCCCCUUGCUGAGCAAGCUCAUGGCCGUGGUCGUCUGUGUGCCCAUCUCCACCUCCUGCUGUGAGCGCGGGUUCAAGGCCAUGAACCGGAUCAGGACUGAUGAGAGGACCAAGCUGUCCAAUGAGGUGCUCAACACGCUCAUGAUGACGGCAGUGAAUGGUGUAGCAGUCACAGAGUACGACCCCCAGCCCGCCAUCCAACACUGGUACCUAACUUCCUCUGGCCGGCGCUUCAGCCAUGUAUAUGCAAGUGCAGGGCUCAGGAAACAGGAGGUGGGCGCACUCCAUACAAGGGGGUCUCUGACCCAGAAGCGGCCCAUCACACCCUCCGGGGAGUCAGAGGAGGUGCUGAAGGACUGCAUCACAGAGCCUAUUGAGAGAAUUCUGUACCCCCACGCCAGCCAGGGGGCCCCUGAGCUGUCCUGAGGGAGGGGCAUUGGAACUGUGCACACGAGGACAGGCCCUCUGCAGAAUCCAGACUGCCCUAGUGUUUUCCUUCAGUGGGGUUGCUCUCCAAAGAUGGCUGAAGCCUGCAUCACCGAGAGGCAAGGUAAUUAGGAGGUACACCACCUGUUGCCCAAGGCCACACACACCCCCACCACCAAGCACAGCAGUGCCCUCAGCACACAAAUAUACUUAAAAGGCUCUUAUCUCAAGUCUGUUUCUGAGGUGCACCAGGAAGGAAUCAUGGAAGAUUUCACCUCAUGUUCUGGUGGCAAGAGGACUUCCCUGAAGUGGGAGACUGUUGGAGGGAGGGGCCUAACAAAGUGCCCCAGCCCUCCAGACACACUCCUAGGGAGCGUUCCAGAGAGGCUGCCACAGCCUUAGUGGCAGGGGGGAGGUCACUGUUGGGAGUGACGAGGACCAUGCUCUAGGGACAGCUGGCCUGCCCUCAAGCACUUGCAUGUGUCAUUGUGGUGGGGUCUGCCCCCCUGGCUCCUGUAGUGAAUCAGGUGGGAAACACGCAUCACAGAAUGUCUCGCCCUCCUCCUGGGGCCUGCCUUUAGGAUGACACAAAACUUUACACAGAGCACCCAUAGCUCCUGGACAGGGAGGACAGGUGCUUUCCCUGGAAGGGAGCCUGAGCGCCCACCAGUUGAGCACUUGGACUUGACCCGUAUCAGGCUGGGCCAAGUUUGGAGCUGGAAAGUUUGGGAUCCAGCCCUGGCUCUGCUGCAGGCAGUGGUUUGGCCGUGACUCAUCCUUCUUUUCUGUGCCUCGGUUUCCCUAUCCUUGAAGUGCAGCAGAAAAUCCAAGUGCCUGCUAGCUCCCAUCUGCCAUGGGUUAGUGAGUGAGAGAACCUGGAGCUCCUUGAGAGAAAGACCUCCGGCCUGCGGUAUAGACUUAGAUGCCUCAGCCACUGCCCUCGUCUUAGUGGGACAGGUAUGCAUUUCGCCACCAGCCUUUCUUGUAGGGAGGGGUACUCUCCAGAUGAACCAGCAGCUGGACAGCCUGCCCCACUCUUCUACAGGCUGCCCCGGAGACUGCGCAGAAUCGCCAGGGCCGCUUGUUGAACAUGCCCACCCCAGAUGUGCAGAAUCAAGUCUCCCUAAGUGGAGCUCAGUGCCUGGGGGUUUGUAACUUGCUUCAUGGGCAUGCUCCAGCUUAGGAACCGUGUCCUGAAGGCAGGGAAGGGCCUGUGGCACUGCCAGAUCCCCAGUCGCCCGUGCCUUCUCUUUUCUUUUAGCCCAAAGAAAAGCACUUUCCCUUCCAGGGGCAGCUUUGUCUUAGCAGGCUCAGGCGGCUGCUCACCUGGAUAAGGAUGAUUUUGUCUGGGUCCCACCAUCCUUAACAGUGCUUGGGCAAUAUGGGACAUUUGAGGGAGGGGCAUCUCUGGCACUGCCACACGCUCAUUUCAGAUAGGCAGAAAGUUGUAUUCUUUCUAUACCUUGCGUGCUGCCUGUCUCCAGUGGGUUCCUGCCCUGUGCUCCAAGCCCUCUGGUUGGGCCUCUUCGCCAACAGUCUGGCCUUUGUCAGAAGAUGCUGGAAGCCCCUGAGAUGCUGGCAUCCAAGCACCUCACCGCUGUCACAGCACUGUGGUUAUCCCCUUCCCUUCCCAUCACCCUGCCCUCAGCACUCUGCCAUUGGCUUCCCUGUUUUUGUGGGCUCAGGUCAGGAAUUGCUUUUUCAUGUUCUGCCUUUAACCAAUGGCACUGGUGGCGGUGGCUUCCUCCCAGCCCUAUGGGCCUUGAGUUCUGGGGGGUACCACAGGCCUUUGGAGCUAGAGCUCCGGCAGGCGCCACUACCUGUGUGGCCAAGAUGGAGCAUAGCCUUCCCUCUGUGUGAGUUGCCAUGGGAGUUCAGGCCUUUGCCUGGGCCGGGUGCUGUGGACCCGGUGGGAUGGAAAAGAAAGGGGUACUUUUUCAAGCGUGUCGUAGUUCCCACUCCUUCCCAGGGAUUUCAGACUGAGGAGCUGUUCCAGCAAGCAGCACUCUUCCCUUUGCAUCUUCCAUCUUGUAAGGGUCCCUCUGAGCAAGGGGGCUGCUCCAGGGAGCCAGCAAGGCGUGGGCAUCUGUGAGAGCAAUUCUAGAACAUGGGGAAGCAGGUGAGGAAGGCCCCACCCCCUCUACACCAGCAGACUCUGAGGAUGGCGAGAAAGCCGGUCUGCUUGGAGCAGGGUGACUGAAAAUGCGAUUUAUCCUAGGUCUUUGCACAACCCAAGGUUCCCAAGGGUGCCCCUUUGCCAGCUGCAGGCAAAGAAGAAAGAAGAGGACCGAUGUUCUUCCCAGGGAAGGGGUGUGGUGAGCACCCUCACUGAAGUCCAGCCCAGGCUGACCCUGUUUCCAGAAGCUUCCUGUCUGUGCUUCUCCAGAAAGCCAGCUGAAGGGCACCAGGAGUGGAAGGAGCAGGCCCUCUCCCUUGGCUCUCGACCCUACCUCCUUCCCACCCAUGGUCUUGACAGUACCUCCACAUAUAUGUCCUGGCUUUUCUCCCUCCCUGUCCCUGAAGACCGAUGCCCACUGGGCUGCCAUUCCAAGUAACCAGCUUUAUACCUGACACUUUGAUUUCAUAGCCAUAGAGACGCCAGGUGGGAGUGAGGAGCUUGGCCCUUGUCUUGGCCAGGUGCAUUAGCCUAACCUUCCCUGGCCCUUUGCUUUUGUGUCCUGCAUGGGGCAAGCACCUGGGGUGCUAAGUAUGGACAAGGUGAAGGUGGGCCGGUUCCCUCACGUAAGUGUUUGUAUUGCCAGGAACACCAAGAACACAAGAACACGAGUGACUGGCCUUGGGCAUUCUCACCUCUGGUUUUGCAAAUGAGGUUUUCAAAAAAAAAAAAAAAAGUUUGAUUUUUUUUUUAACCCUUUGCUAUCUGAAUAAAGCAGAGUUUAU